AUGUCAAACCCGCCGCAGGGGCAUCCCUUUGGAGGACGCCGUCCUCCAGCCCCACACGGUUACCCGCCACAGUCGCCUCCGCCGGGACAUUUCAGUCGAAAUGUCCCACAGGCUCCUGGUUAUCAGCAUUUGUCUGCUUUCCCUCGGCAGAGGCACCACCACGAGCGUCACUACCACCCCAGGCCGCCAUACCGGCAGCCUCCGCGAGAGUCUCAGCCUCCGCCGUCCGGCCAAGACCACUUCCCUGUACAUCACUUGAAUGCGCCACAUGAACCUCCUUCUGUGCCUCGUCCUCCUUCCGCGGUGCCUCCCUCUCACUGUCCGCCUUCUGGCGCGUCCUGUCCCCCUUUUUCUUCCCGUGCGCCGUUCCCGCACACUCGUGGCCACAACCCGUCUCAGUCCUCCUCUGGGUCUUUCGCGGCGUCUUCCCCAGACGCGCCACCGAGACAGCCCCGGUCAGGCCCACAGCCUCAUACCUCUUUCGCUCAGCCUCCGCCCGCUGCUUCCUCUCGAGGACGGCGAGGAGACCGCGGGAUUCCUCAGGCUAGCAGCAUCUUGUCCACUGUCUCCGCCUUUCUGGAGUCGGAGAGACGCCGCGGCGGGCACGCAGCUCAGACUGCCGCGAAGCCUGUAGGAGGAGGGCCUCCUGGGUCUCCAGGGCCCGCGUCCGGGGCGGCCGGGGCGCCUGCGAGAAGGGACAAUGUCCCCUCGCGGGCGGAGACCGAUGUCGUGGUUAUCGACAGCAGCGACGAUGAAGCAGGAAAGCCACAAGAGCCGCCGAGUGGCGGAAGGAGCCAUGGAGGACGAGGUCGAGGUGAGCAGACAGCGCGAGGCACGGGCCCUGGCGAGCGACGAAGAGAGGAAGAGAAGGCAGCGGCUGUGCGCCGGAGUCAGUGGCUUCUCCAGUCUGACGAAUUAAGAUGGGAAAGUGUCCCCGAGUUCAGGAGUCUCGCCCGAAAACGCCUGCACCGAGGCGUGCUCGGCAAGGCGCAGAAAAUCGCCGAAAUGGAAGACGGCAUUCGCCAAACGGAAGAGGACGAAAUGACAUUCAUCGUCCACUCGGAGAGCUCCAACUGUCGCUUCGUCGACCUGGCGGUCUGCGAGUGCAGUUGCCCGAACCACGAGCCGCCGUGUUCGCAUCUGACGGCGGUAGCGCUGGGGGGCUCUUCGCAAGAUCGUCUCCAGUUUGCGUUGAUGACGCUGAUGAAGCUCCGCUUCUUGAAUCCGUUUGCAGAUCGAACCACCUCCUUCAUCGCCCUCUCCACUCGAGAAGUUUCCCUCUCUUUCGGAGCCAUUCAAAAGUUUGUCCGCUCGCACUUUGCGCGGCGUCACACGCCCGAAGAGGUGGCCGAGGCGGCGGUCCGAGCCGCCGUCGGCCUGCUGCUCAGAUUCUACCAGCGCGCCCAAGGGACACUUCCCCCGCUGCCGUCCACAGUCCAGCGUGCGAAGGAGACGGAAAAGGAGAAGGGGACUGCCCGCGACAGCGACGACGAACCGGAAGAGACACCGGAGAAGGAAGAAGCAAAUGCGACAGAGGACACGGUGCAAAUUUGCGCAUCCGACUCGAGUGCAGACGACAGCAGCGAGAGUGACGAGGCUGAGACGAGCGGCGAGCCGUCAGUGAGUCGAGAAGACGACUCGGAGCCGCGGACCUCCGGGACGAAGACAGGAAAGACAGAGAAGCGAUCGAGAGAGCAGGAAAACGACGUACCUAGGGCCGACAUUGCCUCUCACCUUGCACGCGCGGUCGCAAAAGCUGCUGAAGAACUCCUCUCUGCGUCCACGCUUUCGGCCUCGCCUUCUCCCUCUUCUCCUGCUUCGUCGGCUCCCCUGUCACCUCGCUCGCAGUCUCGUCAGGAAGAAACUUUGCAAGCGACAUGUGGAGAGGGUGGUGUCGCGAGCGAGCCUGCAGGGGUGGCGGGCCCCGGGGCGAGGCUGGAGCUCUGGUGUCGCUUUGAGCAGAGCGUCCAGGCGCGUCUGCGGAAGUCGCUGAAGCGGCGCGCGAAGCUCCUCUCUUCUACAGCGGCCGACUCCGUGCCUUUGUCUCUCGCUGAGUCGGCCACGCCCCCGCUUCUGUGCCUCGGAGAGUUCCUCCGCAGGCUGGCUCGGGCAGAGCGCGAAGUUGGGAGCGAGGAGGGCGCGACUCCAGGGGAAGCGCCGCCGACAGAAAAGGAAAACGGAGCGAAGGACCGGAAGCGAGACCUCGGGGCGACAGACACUGUGCCUGGCCCGGCCUCUACCUCUACCUCUUUUCCCUUGUCUUCCUCUUCCACGUUCUCACCGUCCUGCGCUUCGGCUCUCUCGAUGCCGAGAAGAAAAACACUUACAUCUGCGGAAGCGAUCCGUCUGCUGUCACUCUUCUUCUCGAGCGCCCAAGCCACAGCGGCUCCUGGGAGUCACAGGGGCGACACCGAGACUGGACUGGGCGGCGUGAAAUCGGAGGAGAACCGUUUGUCGAGCGGCGCGUUUGUUGCUGGGGAGCCAGGCGCCGAGGCCUCACCUGGGAGACAGGCGGCGGGGGACCGUUCCUCUCCGGAGGGCGGGGUGGAGAGUGGGAAGAAGAGAGAGGAUUUAUUCUCUUCCGCAGCCUCUUCCUCCUGGGCAGAUCGCGGCUGCGGUGAGGCAACGGAAGCCUCCGACGCUCCAGCCUCCCCUCUCGCUCCUGCAUCUCCUCCCUUUGGGGGCUCUGGAGCUGCAGGGAAUGAGGAACUGCUCUUUUCGAUUUUGAGCGAAGUGCAGAAAAUGAGGGACGAGAGAAGGCGGGGCAUUUCGUGGAAUGGUGAGGAAGACUGGGACAACUGGGAGACGGCGAGAGAGACAGAGGAGCAGCGAGCGGCCAUCGGGGGGCCCGUGCCUCGAUGGCAGAGAAGACGCCGCAGAAAGAGGCAAACUGGAGGCGACCUGCAAGAAAUCGUCGAAUGUCUAGCUGCACUGGAAGCACGCGUCGUCUCGAAGCGGGGGCCUCCGGGCCAAGUUGACGGAGACGCAGAGCGGGCCGACACGCGAGGCGAAGAUUUGCUUUCCUCGCGGAAGCCGGAGCGAGGCAGAGAGGCCCAGGCGAGUUUCUUAAAAUGUCUUCUUUCUCUGCCUGAGGCUCUCUGGGCGCUCGGCACUGCCUUGCGAGUCAGAGGGAGCCAAGCAGGCGACGCGGAGACACCUCUGGGACGCCGAGAGAGACAAAGGGACAGAGCCCUCGACAGCGGCACCGAUCUAGAAUCGAAAGGCGAAGGAAGGAGGCACAGAGUCCGCGAGGAGCGGGGUCGAUCGCGGAACGCAAGCGACGUUGAGAAUGACGGGGUAGAAGGCGAAGACGGCGGUCUCCGCAGCGUGCACGCGUCGUGGCAAGAGGCAGAAGGAAGGCACACAGCCCAGGCAAGGGACGAAGCCGCAAUCCUUACCUUCUUUCUGGCCGAAUCUUUCCCGUCGCUGUUUAUGGGAGCUCCCGACCACACAGACCCUCGACGGGAAACACAGGCUUUGCCUCUAGCCUCCCCGGGGCCGGGUUCUCUUUGGCAGACGACAGAUGUGCCGCUGUCCAAGCAGGAUCGUCUCCGAGUCUAUCACCGUCUUCUCCUGCUUCAUGUCUCUGGAUCGUCACUUUCUCCGUUUUCUUCUCUGUCUUCCGGCACUUCCGGGCGCCUUCCGUUGCCUUCGCUGCGACAAGGCAGGAGACUCGCUGCGCUAGGUCGCAGACUCCUCGGGCUCAGUUCGGCUCCUCUCGGCGAGGACAGCGCAAGUGACGACUCUUCGGAGGACGCAUCUGGAGACGAAUCUGGAGACCGAGGCAAUCCCACGUUGUCUGUGGAAGGCCAAGCUCGACUCCGGGACCUCUACGGCGCUUCCAUCCUUCCUGCAGUGUCUCUCCUGUCUCCGUCUUCUCUCCUUUCGUCUUUUCCUUCCGCUGCGUCUCGCGCUGUCGCCUCCCCUGGGUACGAGCGCCUCAGUUGCCCUGCGUCGAGCGUGCCCGUGGCGGCUGCCUCUCCGCCCUCGUCCUUCGCGGCGGGCUUCUCUCCCGGCCAGGUCGCCUGGUUGAUAGCGACGGCGCCCCCCCUUGUCGAUAUGAACUUUUUCUUGAACUGGGAGUCGACUUUUGCGCCUCUUCACGGCCCGCUCCUCUCGUUUCUGAGACGACAUCUUCAUCUGCCUCUCGUCCCCGCUUCGGCCUCACCUGCUGCGCAUUCGUCUCCGGGCACCCUGGCUGCGUCGUCCUUCUUCCUUCUCCUGGAUCCCCAGACGCUCGUCCGACUUCCCCGUCACACCCUCGCUUCCUCGCGUUCGUCUUCCUCGCGUGCCGAGGAAGAGGCCGCCGCGCCCCAGGCAGAAGGCCCUGCUGCGGUCGCCGCAUUUCUCCAGAGCCUCGGGCGACGCUGCGGCCAGGAGACAGCUGUCUCCUUUUUGUCGCUGCUGUGCACAGAACGCGCAGCAGGGCGAUCGGCGGGCGCCGCUGCGCUCCGCGGGGUCGGCGACGAAUCUGGCCUUCGCACGGAAAUUCAGCGUCGCUUCUGGGGAGAGAUCGCUUAUGCGCAGGGAGCGAAACAAACUGACGCGAAGCCUCAUAGCGACCGAGAUGUCCAGAGUGUCGUCGCGUUUGCAUCUCACUUUCUCCUUUCACUGCCGUUCUUCGCCUGGAGAGAAGGAAUCGAGACAUUGGUGUCUCCGCUUGCUGCCCGUGUGGGACGGAGACGUCUCUUGCUUGAAAUGGAACGCUUGGCGUACGCGUCCUGGUUCUCAGGUUGCUCAGCCUCGGCAGCCCCUUCGACUUCUCUUCCGUCUUCUCUUUCCGCUUCGCCUCCUGUUUCCCUGCAUCUUUCUGUUCCGUCUGCCUCCUGUCUUCCACGGCCUGGUUCGCGUUCGUCCUCGUCUUCUUCUGCUGGGCCAGUAUGCGUCUUUUCGGGGCAAAUGGAGACGAGCGCUCAACACCUCUCGCAGGCGCAAUGCGCAGCUCUGGAAGCGGCGGUCUCUCUUUGCAGGGAUGUGUUGGAGGCAGAAGAACAGGCCGAGACGUGGGAGAAGCGAGGGCGAUGCGGUGAGCUCGAGCUCGGCGAAGCUGCUGGAAAAUCGCUGCUCGAGAGACACGUCUCGAACCAGCUCGGGGCGAACCGAGAACCAGGCGCAGAGGGGGAAGGCGGCGAAGCGGGUUCUUUCCCAGAAACACAAGUUCCAAACACGCUGGGUGCGUCUACGGGGGAAAACAGCCACUCCUCGUCGGUACACGCUGAUGCCUCUGAAGAGCCCGCGUCAGGUCUCUCUUCGCCGGUUCGGGGUGCGCGCCUCGAGUCCCCUCUGGCGCCUCAGGAAGGCCCGUUGUAUCCUUCGUUCUCUCCAGUUUCGGGCGUGGACGACGAGGCACCCGUGCACCGGAGGCGUCGCUCGAGCUCGGACGAGGAAGAGCUUCUUCUUUCGCAGCCUCUGCUCCAUCUCCGGAAGCCGCAUCAAGCCCCGAAACCUGGCGAGAUGGGCGAACGCGGAAGGGAAGCAGGAGGAGAGAUUCGGGGAGUCCCCGACGAGCCCGUUUCGCUGUGUGAGAAGUUCGUGCCGUUUCAGAAGGCCUCGUCUUGCAAAUCGGAGAUGGAUGCAGGCGCGGACGGCGAGGCAAGGCAACGCGUUUUGGAGCAAGGCACCCAGGGACUCGAGGCGAAGGAAGAGCCUGGCAUCGAGGGAAAAGAGAGCCUUCCCUGUUCGGAGUCGCCCUACGCCCGCCAGCGAGCUAUCAUCGAAGCGAUACGAAUCGAGGAGUUUGGUGUAGGUUUGAAGCUGCGUGGUGGUGCCGAGAGCUCGUCCACGGGCGCGAAGGACCAGGAUGCGCCUUCCCAAGAAGCCCUUCGCACACCUGAAGAGCGAGAAGAAAAGAAGAAGGAGCGGGAGACGAAUGCGCUGAUCGAAGACGUCCUUCUUAGGCAGAGACAGCGCCUGACGCGCGCGUUGGAUCGGCUCUCUCGAGGGCUGUACACUGCAGAUUCCCACCUACAGAUGGAACUCCUUCAGAACGCAGACGACAACAACUACAGCGCGUUGGAGGCGCUCCGAAGCCAAGUGCGGAUGAGAGAAAACGCAUCGCUGAGUGCUGACGGCCUCUCGCUUGCCCUCGCGGAGCCUUCGCUUCAUUUCGAGGUGACUCCGGAGGGCCUCGCUGCGUUCAACAACGAGAACGGGUUCACGGAGAAAGACGUCCGAGCGCUGUGCGACGUCGCCAGAAGCACGAAGGUUAAGCGCGAGGUCCGGGCGACGCAGGCGAACGGCGCCGGCAGCAUCCCAGAAGAGGGGAAAGACAGGGAGAAGGCGGGGGAAGUGAAGAAGAUUGGCAAAUUUGGAUUAGGUUUCAAGUCCGUGUUCGCCAUCUCCGAUCGUCCCCAUCUCUUCUCGAAGGGGUUCGCCUUCAAAUUCGAAGCGUCGGACCCCACAGGCCUCGGCUUUGUUCUCCCGCACUGGCUCGAGCCCCCCGAGGCGCACUUCUACCUUCCUGCCUCGGUCCUCGCCUCUGCAAACUGGGUGAGCAGUGGUGCCAACCUCUCUGGGCUCUUUCCGGGAAGCCCUCGACGCGUCGCGCUUCCCGGCUCGUGCGUCUCGCCCGGCCUCGCGCGCUUCCCCGCGACGAAAAUCCCGACCGCGAAAAACGGCGUCGCCCCCCAGCGCCGGGAAGUGGGUUGCUCGUCUGUAGGAAGCCGUUCUCUCCGCGACGAAGCCGGCACCCGAGUCACCUCGUCGUUCUUCCAGGUCGCCCCUUCGGCGGGCCCUGCUGUCGGUUCGUCUUCGCCUUCGGCUGCUUCCGGAGCGCCCCUGGCUAGCUCGGCCUCCUCGGCCUCCGCCACAUGGCGAACGGUCGUGUGGCUCCCCCUCAAGGCCUCGCUGCUGUCGGGAGUCGGCGCCGAGUGCUGGCGCGCACCCCAGGAAGGCCUCGCAGCCCGCCUCGCCGCCUUGUGCCCCGAAGAGCUUCUCUUUCUCCGGCAGCUGACGCGGGUGAGUUCGUGUCUCCGCCUGAGCCGUCCACCCGUCUUCUCUGUUGUCGAGAAGCGCGUCGUGGCCCUCAACCCCGAAGGAGACAGAGCAGGCGACUGCGGCGCGGGUUGCGCCGAGGCGGAGGCAGGGGGAGCAUGGCGGCGGUUGUCCUUUUCGGGCGCAAGGCAGGGCAAGUCAUACACAGUGCAGCGAGUGAGACUGGCCAGCAGGCAUGCGGCUUUGCGCGAGGAGGAGGCGAGCGCGGCGGAGCCGCCAGCAGCGGAGGACGACAGAGACAAUCCGCGGGGCUCAGGAGCGUCGAGACACCCGAACGGCGAAACCCGCAAAGAGGAAGACUGGAUCCUCGUACGGUGCGAAUUCUCCGUUCUCGUCCCUGCACAAAGGGAGGAAGAAGACGCUCGCCCUGCGUUGUCAGGGGGAGAUCGAGAGGCCGAAGAAAUGGAACGACGACGAACUGAAAUCGUCGUGGCGCUUCCUCUCCUCUCCUCUGGGCAUGCAGCUGCUCCUGUCUACGGUCUCGAAACUCGCCCUUCAUUCGAUCUCGUUCCCGAUCCCGAAGCCCCUUCUUCUGCCUCUCCGGCUUCCUCUUCUUCCCGUCUUUCUGGCAUCUCGUCCGCUCUUCUUCCGGCUGUUCCUGAGUCUCGCCCCGUGUUUUGUUACCUGCCGAUUCGUUCCUUCGGCCUCCCGUUCGUCUUGCAUGCGCCGUUCGAAUUGACUGCCUCCCGCGAGAGUCUGGUCGUUUCGUCCUUCUUCAACCUCCAGUUGCGGGCGGCUUUGCCCGAGACGUUUCUCGCGGCUCUUCACUUCUGCAAGCGGUCAGAUCUCUUCCCGCUGCAGACCUCGUUUCUCCGCUUCCUUCCCUUCUUCGCCGCCAAAGACAACGAUUUCUUCGCGCCUGCAGCGCGCGAGAUCCUCCGCCUCCUCAGACAAGAGCCUUGCGUCAUGGUAAUCGACCCCGCGGCACGGCUGUUUUCCUCUACCUCGCUUUCGUCUUCGUCUUUGUCGGCUUCUCGGCUCCAGAAGAGGCAAGUUGCAGAGACAGGUUCUGGAGGAGCAAGCGACACUGCGGAAGCAGGCACUUCCCGUCCCAGAAGCGAGAGCAGGCCGCUGCCGUUCAUCUGGGCGGCGCCGACGAUCGCGCUUCUGCCUUCGGCUUCUCUGCCAGCAAAUCGGGCGACGCGAGCGAGAAGCUGGCCCCACCACGCGGCGUCUGAGGUCGCGGGUUUUGCUGCUCACCACGGGCUGGGCCGAGCUGCGAAGGCGGGCGGCCUCUCGGAGUCUUCGCUCCUGGCUGAUCGCGCUUCUGGGGGCGAGCCGGCGUCUUCGAAGGCGCGUGCUGUCGAGGGCCAAGGCGGAGACAGGGACGGGGCGCAGCCCGCGGCGGCCCCACCCCGCGGACGCAGCGAAGUAGAGACGGGAGGGGAACCAGAAAAAGAGGAGGCAGGCGACUCGGGCGACUGCGCGACAGCCUCAGACGAUCUGCAAGCGCGCUUGGUGUCUCCGGCGCUUCUGAAACAACACCUGAAUCUCUUUUACGUUCAUCCGACGAUGCUCCAGGAAACUGGCGAGGAGGCGCUGCGUCGACUGGGCGUCCGCGCCUUCUCGCUCUGGGACGCCGUCGAGUUUCUUCGGUCGGCUGUCGCUUGCCACACGCCGACGGCACGUGGGCGUGGGGGCAGCACGAGCGCGAAAGCGGAAUCUCCGUGUGUCGCUAGAGGAGACAGAGAGAACGCGUCUGCUGGGUCAACGGAUUGUGCCUCUCGCGUCGCUGCUAUCGGUCGAGCGGGCGAAGGCAGAGCUGAGGCGCGCACCUCUGCAGGCGCCGAGCAGGACUGGGGCGAGGCCGACGAGGUUUUGUCGGCGCCGUGGGUCGGCCUGUUUCUCUGUUUCCUUGAUGAACUUGUGGAGAAGGGCGACUACACGCGAGAUGAGAUUCACUUUGCGUUCGAGGCUUUGAAAACGAUUCCUUUUCUGCCUACGUCGUCUGGGUUGCGAGUCGCGGCGGGCAUCCGGAGCGAGUCUGGACGCAGAGGCCGCGCCGGUGAGGGACGAGCAGCGACCCACGAGGAGGGCGAGAACGAAAAAAGGCCCUAUCGCACAGGAGGCGCCGCGAGCGGAGACGCUUUCUUGCCUCUUUAUGUGCUGGUGGGAGACAACGGCGUCCGUGAACAAGAAGAGACGCUCUUCUCGCACUCAGGGUUGUCGCCCCGCGCUGCGUUCCACGAGCUGUCCCCUUUCGGCUCGCCCGAGGGCGAAGGCGGCUUCAAGCCGCCAGGGGCCGAAGCCGAAACAGAGACAGCCGUGGCGUGCUCGCAUUCAAGCUCGCCCUCUGCAGCCUGCGAGGGCGACAAGCGACAGACGGCGCGGGAAGAAGAGCGGCGACGGGCGUUGCUCCGAGGAACGAAACACGAGCCAGAGGAGACGCAAGGCGCGCAGAGGGAAUCGGGAGAUAACUCGCGGGAGGAAGCGCACAUGCGCCACAGAACGCGACGCGCAGUCGAACAUUUGGUUCGCAUCCUCUCGCCCGAAGUGUUCCAGGCGUUUCGCGCGUCCGGUCGAGAAAACGACGGAGGCAGAGAACACGCGGACGGCUUCCCGAAGGAGAAAGAGGACGAACGCGCACUGCAGCGCAUUCGCGCGCUCCGCAGUCUCAGUCGGCUCGGCGUUCAAGAGGCCGGGGCGUUCCAGCUGAUUUCGUCUCGAGUCAUUCCUCUUCUCUCCGACCCAGCGGCCGCCGAGCACCUCGCCGACUCCACCCUCGUCUCUCUCCUUGCCUUCCUCGCUCUCCACCUCGACGACUUGCGCGUCGUCUUGCGCUCGGCGGGGCAAAGGCAGCGUCCUCGCAGCGGAGAGAGAAAGAGCGAGAGAGAGGUUGCGAGAGAGCAAUGGAGAGACAGGGGAAGGUGGGCGAGGCCGCGACGAGGGCCAGCCUCCGAGAGCCCCGGAAACGAAGCGCCAAGCACAUUGGACAGGCGACAAAGGCGAGACGCGCAGAGGGCGGCGCCCUCCACAGAUGAAGAGUUGGACGAAGCGGGCAAGGAAAUUUGGAAGUCGUUCCAAGUGUUAACGGCAGCCGGCGAGCGGGUUGCCCUCGGCGAUUGGCGCCUGCGACUGCCGGUGUCCCUUCGGGCCAGGCCUCUCGAGGGGACAGGGGAGCGCGAGGUGGCGAGUGGGGAGCCUGAGGGUCUGUUCAGCGGGAAGAGGAAGAAAGGCGAGCUGCGUAGUCUCCUCGAGGUUCCGCAACCAGUUGAACUCUCGUCGCGCUACUUCGAUUACGCCCCAGUCGAAACCUGGGCUGCAUUCUUCUCUUUUCUGGGACUCACAAACUUCCUGCCGGUCCAGAAGGUGGUGUACGAACUCGCGUGGCAGUCGGCUCGGCCGCCUUUGGGGGCUUCCGGAAACCUGAGCGACACGGACAAGGGCAGAAAGCAGCAUGGGGAGGCGCUGGACAGCAGGGCGGGGCGCGGAAAGGAGGCAGACUGUCUCCUUUCUCUCCGUCUGCUUCAGAUCGAGGACCAAGUGUUCGCCGCUUCGGACUACACGUGCGCCAUCGCAGUGGGGGGCGUUGCCUCGACAUCUUCGUUCGCUUCUCUCUCCGCGAGCGCGGCGUCGGCGGGCGCGGUGUCGGAUGCGAGCAGCGAGAAGCUCAGAGACGAAAAAACGCGAGAGUCGCGGACGGCCGAAGCUGCCCUGGGUGUCGCAACUUUGCCGCUGAACAUCCUCCAGCUUCUCGUGGCGAGUCGGACGCCCGCAGAGUGGCAGAGCCUCGUGGCGCACCAGGCCGCAUGCAAGCAGUCAAGCGUCAAUGUGGAGGCAGCGCCGGGAACGGCGAAGAAUCGCUGCGGUCACGAGGUUCCCCGCGACCUCUCCACAGGACAGGGCGACGAGCGUGAAAGCCCCGGCAUGGCGGAUCGGAGCGAAAGAGCGGCAGCGUAUCCGGCUUGGGACGAGACAUGCGAAGCAUCAGAACACGCGGGAGAGGAUCCCCCAGAGGGAGUGUCGCUGCUGGUCGAGGACUUCAUUUCUCUCGAUUUCGAGCUGCUUUCAAACUCACUCGUGCUUCCACGCAUGUCGCAAAACGCUUCUCUCCCGGUCUCGCCUUCCUCUGCUUCCGCGGGUUCUUUCCUUCCUGCGUCGGGAGGCUGCGCGUCGCGCUCGUCUCCUGAGCGAGGCACAGAACCCGAACGAGACCCAAGAGAUCGGACAGAAGCCGACGACGAACGGCGACGCGCCCUCCUGCUCUCCGACAUUUUGUGCCACAGCUGGGAGACGCGCAUUCAACCGUUUUUGGCGGCGGCCUGCCGAGACACUCCGACGACGCGGACGCAUGUCACGAGCCGCGGUCCCUCUCCUUUCUCUCUGUGGUCUUCUUCUUCCUCUUCUUCUGCGUUCCCCUCGGCCUUCCUUCUGCAACUUCGCACCCGUCGGUGGCUGCCUGCGUGCGAAGUAACGACGGCGGCAGCUGCCGAAGAACUGGAGAAGACGCGCGGCGCAGCGUUGACAGUCUGCAGAGCUGCCGAGGGGCGGCGAAGCCUCGACGGCUGCAUGCACGCGCGAGGAGAUGACACGCCUCGUCUGGACCCCGGCGAGAGGCUUCCCGAAGUUACCGUCGUUAUGGACGUUGAGGGGGACGCCAUGUCACAGAGCGACUCGAGCCUCGACAGUUCGUCGAGCGCUGACGAGGACGAGACACUGGGGCCUCGCGAAGGGCCUUUGCACGGACUGGCCCGUGGGAGGAAACGGCGACGUGGGAGCGGAAGGUCCCCACAACGGCAGCAGUCCGCCUUAUCAGUGGAUCUGGAGCGGGCGCCUCAAGGCCUUUGCCCUUCGGCCUGGAAGAGACAGUGUCUCUGUCCUUCUGGAGACGCAGCGGCCUGCGCGACUCGAGCCCCAGCCGAUAGCGCGUCCCCGCCAAGGGGCAAACGGCGACGCUCGGGGCCGCGCCAGUCUCGGCGGAGCCGCGUUUCCCCCUCACCAGUCUCUUCUCUGUCACACCUGUCGUCCUCGGAGGAGGUUGACAACGAGUGGAGAGAACAGAGAAAGCGAAAGCGGUCGGCCAACGGCUCGCGACGCACGGGGCGCACGAGUGGAAACGAGAGGGAAGAGAGACAGGCGACUGGCGACGAGCUUCUCAGGUGGACCUACAGCGGCCUCGCCGCACCCGCCUCGCUUCACGCGCCGUCGGACCGCGUGUUCGCGGUGUAUGGACACCUCGUGCGAUUCCUCGACCCCCAGUGUUCGCAGUUGUGGUCAGGCGUGUGCGCGAACGGCGAGGAGGCAGAACAAAAGAGGGACGGGGCAGACAGGCCACGCACCGCAGGGCGAGAACAAUGGGAGGCAGAGGACGACGGGCGAAAGCGAGAGAAAGGCCGCGGAAUUGAACCAGCAGAGAAUCGGGAGCUAAGCGAGCAGGAUCGCGUCCAUCCGCAUUCGCUUCUCUCCUUCCAAGGCCGCUCCCACAGCAGCCAGCUGGCCGGUUCUUCCUCCUGUUCGUCCUCGUCCCUCUUCGCGUCUUGUCUGGGUUUGGACCCCAGGACUUGUUUCUCGCCGUCUUCCUCCGAUCCGCUCUCUCUCUUGGGCGUAGGGACGCGCCCCACAGUCGUUGGAGCCUUGGCGCUCUUCCACGACCUCGGCGUGUGCCUCUCUUGUCCAGGCACAGCGAAGGAGACACGUGUGGGGUCCGCUGGGGACUCGGGCACGCGCGCUGCUUUGUCUUCUCUUCUCGUUUCUUCUUUCUGUACUGGAAGGGGAAUUCCAGGAAGCCAAGCUGCAGGAGACAUCGCUGAGGUCCUCACGGGAAGAUCUGAUGCUUUCCCCGUUUGGCGCGGAUCGGCCGUUCGACUCAAAGACCGAGGCGAAACCGAGCGAAAGGAAGAGAGAGAGUGCAACGACAAAGCAAGGCGGAGCCGCGUUUCCGUCUGCGACUUCUCGCUUCCUCCUCUUCCCUCGCUCGCUCUCUGGCAUGUGCGAGGCCUUCAGUGCGUCGCCUCACUUCCCUGUCUGGAAGACGGAAAAGGCCUCUCGUGUUUCUCCUCGGUGGUGCCAUCUCACAGCCCCCUUUCUUUGUCGCGCUCUUCAUCUCCUUCCGGCUUGUCGCCACGGUCCCCUGCGUCCACUGCUCUUCCUCGCCCCUCCGUCUUCUCUUCUCCGUCUUCGCCGUCAGUCGCUUUCUCAGGACGAGACACCGGUAGAAGCGUGGCGUUCACCCCGCACUCGCAGCGCGUCUCCGAGUUAUGCGCGCCGUGUGCCGCGCUUCUGGACGGCGUCGCGCGCCUCCUUUUGUUCCUGGCGGAGGCUGCAGGCAGAGAAACGGAGCUAGGGGUUUGCGCCGUACCUCCGCUCCAAAUGCUGGAGGGGUCGUGUCCUGAGCCCCGUUUGUUGGCAGGCGCCGCGUGGUCGUCUUCGUCUACCUCGGAGACUCUGUCGGAUGGGCCAGGCGACGACGCAGCUCCACCCGCGCUUUGGCGGCUUCUUCGUUCUUGCUUCCAGCGAGACAGAGACGGGAAGUCUUUCCUUCUUCUGCCCGUUCCGUCUGCCCUCGUUUCUUCGACGAGAGGAACCGAACUGGAUCAAACGACGGCCCCACAUGCGACUCUCGCAACGUGCAUGCGCGGCGCUUCUCAGUCGCCUGUGUCCUCAUCUUCCUCGCUCGCUUCCGCUUCUCCGUCGUCUCCAGUCUCUGGCGGCGCGUGUGGCGAGUCGGCCGCGGGCUGUCUUAGAUGGCUGGGUGUGGGCGAGGUGUAUUGGAGCGCGCCGCCGGGCGUCUCUGAGCUCUUUGCAGCGGAGGGCGAGAGCGAAGACGCAGUUCGAAGCAUCAGGCGUCUCCUCGUUGAUAUUGCAGAGAUGCGCCCAAACCCUUCCCUGCCGGACUGCUUCGAUGCUUUGCUGAAGCUGACAACCUCAGAAGACGAAGCGCAGAGGCGCGACGUGCCACGGGUCGAGGGACACAUCCACGGAAGGCGGCGGAGGGGAGGAAGAAAGCGGGAGGCGGGCGCACCGAGAAAAUCGGAGCUGGCAGCAGAGACAAGACUUGUGAAUCUGGCGAGAGAAGACCUAGGAAACGGCGAGGCCCCUCCACGCUCGUUGACGUCGGCCUCUGGUCUCUCCUUUGCUUCUUCGCCUGUCUCCAACCCGUCACCUUCGUCUGCGUGGCUGCCGCAGGGCCCCAGGAGUGUUUUGUCGGAGGAAAGUCGGACGACGCAGGCGGUUCUUCUUCUCCUUUUCUUCGCCUGCGAACUCCUCGAGCAAGAGCGGCGAAGCGACGUAGUCUCGGCUCUCUCUGCCAGGACGAAAAGCCUUGCGACCAGUCUCCUCGCGGCUGACGCCCGCGGCCGACUGCUGCAUCCGCACUUGAACGCCAGAGGGGAGCGGGGCUGGGCGACGCGCCACAGGAACAAGUCGGGGCUCGACCAGGGACGCAUUUUUAGCGACGGGGAGAGCGAGGAGGAGAAGCAGGAGAGGGACGAACAUAUCAGUGGGCGGCAAGGUUCACCGGUGGAGGCGACGCGCAGCGGCCAGGACUGCAAGGAAAGAGCGGGGUCGGCCGCCGAGGCGCGAGUGGGCGUCGCAGAGGAGGCCAGACGAAGGCGCGAGGAAGAGACAGACGCGACAAUGAGGAGACUCAGGGCCCUUUUCUGGGAGCUGCCAAUCAUCCCCACGUGCGUCCCUGCCUCCCGCCCCGCGCGAGCCUGCGCAGAGACAGGUGUCUCUGCCCCCUUCCCCGCGAAGCAGACCAGUGAGGAAACACAGGGCCCGUCGUGUCAGAACGGCGGAGGCGACGGAGACAGCCCUGCGCAUCGAGAUGGGUGGUUCAAUGAAGAAGACAUCCCCAAACACGAGGAAGAGUCUCGACAGACAAGACUGGAAGAAGGACGCAUCAUUUGGGUACCUCCCCGCGACGGAUUGUCUCUUGUCGCCUACGAACGCGACGCGGAGAUCUGGACAGCGUUUGCUUCCUUGUUUACCGUCUCGGCUUCUUCCCCUUCACCGUGUGCGUCUUCGGACUCUUCUGCUUGCGGGUGGGACGGCGACGAGAGCAGCAAGAAGGCAAACGAGACCCACCCGCGACCGUCGCCGGAUCUCCUUCGCUCGCGCCUGACUUGGCUUCCUGAAUCGAUUUUGACUCUCGACCAAGUCGUUGAGAGAGAAGAGCUGAAGAAGGUGGCGCACAUUCUGUCUCCCUCGCCUUGGGCCGCGUCCUCUGCUUCGGCCGUUCCUGGAGUCUCUUCUGUACCGUCCCCAUCUGUUCGGGACGUCGAAGCCUAUUUGCGCGCUGAAGCGCGACUGGGCGUUCUCCGCCUUCAACGAAGUCUCUCGCGUCUUUUCCCCGACGCCAUCGCUCUCGCCUCCGGCCAAACUCCGAAUUCAAUGUCUCAUCCACCUGCAGGCGCCUGGCCCCCGUCAGCGGGUUUCUCGUGGAGGCUGACCCGCGAGAAACCGCUUCCGUUCCGUUCUCUUUGGGUGGCCUUUCUUCGCGAGGCAUUUGCGGCGCGGUUCUUCCACACCGAGUGUGUGCGUCAAGUGUCUGCAUCCCUUCCAUUUCUCCCUGGAAUCACUUCUUUCAGUUCUUUCUGUGGAGAAUUGAAUUCAAGUUCUGCUCGCGCGUCGGCACCUUCGCCUGGGUCGCGGGGCUCUGCGCGGCGUGGCCCCUCGGGACGGACCUCGGCCUCCCUGCCUGCUCCGGGGUCAGCGGUGGGCGCCGGAUACUCUUCUUCGCGCCUUCUCUCUCUGUCUCCUUCGCGGUCGUUCUCGCCGCCCCUGCCUCUGGAAGCGCUGGAGCUCUUCCUCGCCCCCUCACUCAAACGCCUCCUUUGCUGCGCGUUGCUGCCUUUCGUCCGUCGCUACCUUUUCGUUCGCCUGCCUCACCUUUAUCGCUUCCUCGUUGCGGAGCCGGACAGCUCUCUGCACGCAGGCAGCGUAGUCAAAGGAGCAGAGAUGCCGGCAGAGCGAUCCGAAACGCAGGGGGAAGCAAACACGACAGACGGCGCAUGCGGAAGGCCUCGAAUCUUCGUGAGACUCAGACAGCUGAAGCUCUACGCGACCGGAGAUCUGGGGCUGCGUCUCCUUCACCGCGCGACUGGCGUCGCCAGCCCUGUUCAGCGGCAAGACGCCUUCCUGCUGGGCUUUCGAGGCAGCGCCGAAGACGAAGUGGAAGACGGCGCCCGAGAGAAGGAUCGAGGCGCCGGCAGGGAAACGGAAGACGACCGUCUGAGUCUGGAGGACGAGGAACUCUCUGCGUGUCCUCGUCAAGAAGACGCGCCGUCUUCGCUGCCGCUCCUUUUGGCAAUCGCGGAGGCAGACCACUUCCGCUGGUUCACCCAACCGGCCGCCCCGGACUGCCCGCCGUUUCAACUGCGCUUUGUCCCCCUUCCGCCGGAGGUCUUCCGAGAAUUCUCUCGAGUGUUUUCCCUGCGCGGCGAACCGUUGGAAGCUCUCGCAACGUUUCUGCAUCUCUGCUACACUGUACAGCUCCAGUGUCUCCUCGUCAAGCAGCUCGAAGGUCAGUCGCCAGAGAGGUCGAAACGCGCCUCAAGGUCUCCCGGCAGCUCUGCCGAAAAUCGCAGCCUGCAGGCUUCCCUCGCAGACGAAAUCUGUCGCUUCCUGACGGCGCAAGGCCUUCCGUCUCUGUCGGAUUUUCGGUCCACUUCGGUGUCGCUGGCGUCGAGAAAGAGCGACGAAGCCGCCAGCAAAAGUGCAGAUGGCCUGCGGGACGUUCCAGGAGCGGGGAGCAGCGCCGGCGAUACAGCGAUCGACUACACUCUCUUCUAUAGACUCCACGGAGAAGACAAAGACGGGGACGAAGGCGGCGCCGUUCCCCGGUCGAUGGACCCCGCGAGGCUGGCCACGACGGAUGGAGGGCGAGAAAGUCUUUUGUGGGCCGACGAGUGGAUCCGAGAAGCUCUAAGGGAGGACGACAGACAAGAGUACGACGCGUGGCGGAAACUGGGAGAGGGCGUCGCCAGCGACGAGGAGAAAGAGCGCGAAGGUGUAGAAGGGGAUGGCGACGGUAAACUGUGCGACGAAAAGCUGAAGACCAAGCAGAAUUCCCGUUCCGGCGAGGCACGAAACGAGGACGGAGAGGAAGGCGAACGCCACCAGGAAGAGGACGCAGAUGGCAGUGUCUCUGAUGAGGCACAGAGACCGGACACGGAACGCAUGCGAGGCCCAGAGACUGCGGUGCGGAACGCAGGCGAGGAACACGGGGGAGAGUCGCUCAUGGAUGAGUUCUUCGUCAGUGACCUGGAUCGCCAGACUGUCCCCCACAUCUUUGGAGGGCUCCUCACUUUCGGCAAAGAAGGCAUGGAGACCGAGAGCACGGACCCGCGUCUUCGCGCGAAAGAAGGGAGUGAACAGGACAGCGAAGUGCGCAGACGAGAGCGAGACGGAGAGCUGGGUGGCGUUGUUGAGGGAGAGAGUGCCGCCGGCGAGUUGGGUCGCGACCCCAAAGACACAGGAAAGACUUUCAACAGUCUACAAAGAGACCACGAGGGAGAAGAACGCGAAUCGGAAAGAAGAGAGAACGCUGUUCGAGUUCGCGAGACCCUGCGCCUCGGCGCGUUCACUGCAGAGGAUCUGGAGCUUCCUCCAGGCUUCGAGGACGUCGCGCCUCGGCGCCAGCUCCCCACCUCCGAGGGGGUUUCCUCCGCCAAGACAGACAGGACGGGACGCAGGGGCGAGGGCAUCGUUUUUUCGUUUCUUUCUCUCCAGUUCAAGGACGAGAUUCAAGAGGGAAGAUGCCGCAUUCUGUGGGUGAACGAGGACGAAGAGAGCGGGACGCCGUAUGACAUUCUUGUCACGAAAUAUGGUCAGGUUGGCAGCUCAGCGCUUCCAGAGUCGAUCUACAUCGAAGUGAAGGCAACGUCCUCGCAAUCCAAAUCCUUCUUCGAAGUCUCUCACAAGGAGUGGCAGUUUGCGCAGCAACACGGCGACCACUUCCACAUAUACCGAGUGCUGGACGCAGAGGGCGAGCAACCGAGGAUUCUGAGAAUUGUGAAUCCCUAUCGUCAGUGGCGCGAGAAUCGAAUUGGCAUAUGCAUCGCCCUGUGA